GAAAAGAGUGGUGAGAAAAUAGAUGGUUCCGAUCCGCUAGGGUGGUUGUUCAAGGCGCAUGAAUACUUUGUCUUCUACGGGGUUGCAGACGACGCACGCCUUUCCGCGGUUUCGCUCAUGCUUGAGGGACCGGCUUUGGAUUGGUUUCGUUGGCGGCAACGGAACGCCCUUGUUCCUACUUGGGCUGAUUUCGUCUCCCAAUUCAAGCUUCGUUUUGACCCAUUGAGUUACGUGGAUUAUUUUGGUCUUCUUUCUAAAGUUCGUCAAACCGGGACGGUAUUGGAAUAUCAACAGGCGUUUGAAAAAGUGUUAGUUAAUGUGACGGGUGUAGCGGAGGACAAUUUGCAGUCUCUCUUCCACGCCGGGUUGAAAUCACAUCUUCAACACGAGAUUAUGUUGCACAAACCAGGAUCCUUGUCCGCGUCGUUUGCUUUGGCGCGUGAACUGGAGGUGAAAUAUCUUGCUUGGACUUCCGCUUUGCCAAAUCGAUCUGGGGGUUUUCGUGAAACCGUACCAGCAAAACCCACGGCCCUUGCCCAGGCAGUGCCUCUAUUACCUUCGCCAGGGACAAAAACCUCCCCACCUGCCACACCUACGGCGGACCUGCCAGUUCGGCGGUUGUCCUACGCCGAAAGAAAAGCUCGUGAUGCCAAAGGCCUUUGCUACAACUGCGAUGAAAAAUGGGUAAAAGGUCACAGCUGCGGCCGAUUUUUACCCUUACUGGAGGAUGACGAAGAGGAGGAGAUUCUGUCACCAGUGGAUGAUACGGUGCUUGCGGCAGAUGUUUCGUCUCUCCAUAGUUUGGUCAUAGCUCCACGGUCUCUACGACUGUCGGGUAUGCUCGGGGCCGUGGUAGUGGACGUAUUAAUUGAUGGGGGCAGCACCCAUAAUUUUGUUCACCCAUCGCUAGUCGCUCGUGCACAGCUUACCAUCUCAGACAUUCCCCCCUUCCGGGUGUACGUGGGCAACGGUGAAUCCUUACUCUGUACUCGGCAAUGCCUUAAUGUGUCUCUUCUUUUGCAGGGUUUUCAAUUCACGGUGGACUUGUAUGUGUUGCCUAUUCACGGACCUGAUAUGGUACUUGGUGUUCAAUGGUUACAAUUAUUGGGUCGGGUCACCCACGACUAUGCCAAUCUCAUUAUGGAGUUCACAUGGCAGGACAAAACUGUUAGCUUGCGCGGCGACCCUCUCUCGCCUAAACCCGUGUCCCUCCAUCAUUUGAACGGUCUGUGUACCGCCGACCAAGUCGCGGCGUGCUACGAGUUGUUGAUUUCCCCAAGCCCAAACAGCGCGCCGGCCAAAGGGGAUCACUGGCCGACUGAUCUGCCAGUGGUCACUCCCGCCGAUUUUCGGGAUUUUCAACAGCAAAUUGAUCGCCAACUUUUGGCGCACACUACAACCAUGCAAACCCUAAAUUACACCAUGGAGCAGCUCCAGCAGCGGUGUGAGGCCUUGUUCACCCGUCUCGAGAAAAACCCAGGCACUGGUGGUGCACCGGCGCGCGUGGGUGGUGGUGGCGGUCCGGAAACGGUUCCCUUUACAUCCCGAUUGAAGCUCGAGACGCCUAAAAUAGAUUGUUCCGAUCCGCUAGGGUGGUUGUUCAAGGCGCAUGAAUACUUUGUCUUCUACGGGGUUGCAGACGACGCACGCCUUUCCGCGGUUUCGCUCAUGCUUGAGGGACCGGCUUUGGAUUGGUUUCGUUGGCGGCAACGGAACGCCCUUGUUCCUACUUGGGCUGAUUUCGUCUCCCAAUUCAAGCUUCGUUUUGACCCAUUGAGUUACGUGGAUUAUUUUGGUCUUCUUUCUAAAGUUCGUCAAACCGGGACGGUAUUGGAAUAUCAACAGNUUUGUCUUCUACGGGGUUGCAGACGACGCACGCCUUUCCGCGGUUUCGCUCAUGCUUGAGGGACCGGCUUUGGAUUGGUUUCGUUGGCGGCAACGGAACGCCCUUGUUCCUACUUGGGCUGAUUUCGUCUCCCAAUUCAAGCUUCGUUUUGACCCAUUGAGUUACGUGGAUUAUUUUGGUCUUCUUUCUAAAGUUCGUCAAACCGGGACGGUAUUGGAAUAUCAACAGGCGUUUGAAAAAGUGUUAGUUAAUGUGACGGGUGUAGCGGAGACUUGGAGACGCUCCAAGUCUCCUCUACCGAUACCUUGUCGUAU